AUGGCAGCUGCAAAUGCGACUUCCCUUGCUCUCUUCAACAGCAAGAUAUGCCUGGAUCUGUGGAAGACAGCUAACGACAGUCUCUCUUCUCAGAACGCGACCAGCGAGGCCAUGCUUACCCAAUGCAUCGGCACCCUACUUGGAGCGAACGAAGAUAACUUUUGGGUAGCCUAUUGCAACAAUCCGCCGGACGACGGAUGUCCUUACGGAUACUGCCCCAACGGGGACAUCGCUGGCUUUCUCACACGUCUCUCCGCCUAUAUCAUCUCUUUUGCAACAGCAUGCGUGCUGAACAUGGGGAACAAUAGCUCCGAAAUAAUCUGGUCGCAGUUAUUGACCUUAUACUCCCUCUUGGUUUCCGGUUUUAUAUCACUGGCAAAACAGCAGCUCGCCAGAAUCCACGCCGAAGUCGCACUUCUCAUUGUCGGGUCUCCGCUGAGUUGCUUUCUCUGGGGCCAGACAUUCUGGAACCUCGCCCGCUUCCGCAGAAGACCUUGGACAGCGUCGACAAUCGCUCGCCACGUCCUCCUUUUGGUAUCCUUCGGGCUUUAUCUUGCCUUCAUCAUUAUCACACCUCUGCCUAACAAGGUAUCCUCGUUCUUCACGCAAGAAUCGUGCUACCAAGCGGGACUCGAUGUGUUUGCCCCGUUCUUUUUACUCGCCAAGGCAUCUGUCUGGAUAUUCCCUGUGGAGUUCCUCGUGCUCUUGUUAUUCGUGCUGGUAGAGUGGAAUAGACGGAAGUCGGCAUGGCUUGAGCGCCAACGCGGUUGGUACCUCUCCUGGGCCAAUGCCAGGGUAUUCGCACGCCAAAUGUGGACAAAGUACCCGCAUACCCGUUUCAUGGCGUUUAUAGGCGUUCCUUUCAUUGUCUGGGUGUGGGUCACGGAGGGAACAGCGGUACUCAGCGGAGUAGGGAUCGUUCCAGGCGGCUCCGUAUCCUUUGGACAGUUGCUGGCGCUAUUUGCCGCUGUCCCUCCUGUGCUAGCCAUCUUUCAGGUCGCAAGCGCACGUGAAAGCAAACGACGCGUCUUGCGUGCCACGCCAGCGAAAACCACCUUCCGCAUAAGCAAAUUCAACAUGCAGUCUUACGACGGAUUAGAUACAUUCGACCCUGAUGGCACCGAGAAGCUGCAAGCGUAUUCGGAAAUCACGGAGAAGUUCGCUCCUGAACACCUUGGCCAUCAUCGCGGUACGGCUGCACCAGAUGAGGGGCUCACCUUCCUCCAGUGGUGGAAGGAUCUCCUACGUUCCGCGAUCACUCACUGGGCGUGGCUGAUGUUGACCGCCCUUAUUAUCGGUGCAGCCGUUGGAUUGGUUUUUACAUUUCGUUAUCUGUACGCGACGGGUUUCCAGGUGACCGAUUCAUAG